GGGUGUUGCGCCAAAACUUCCGGCUGCUGACCGACGGCCAAAGAAAAUCGUUGAUUCCCUUAAUGGUGGCUUGGUAUUAAUGUUGUCUUUUUAAUUUUAGGCUUACAUUGGUUUGUAAAACAUGAGUAAUAACAGUGCCCUCCAGAAGGCCAUCGAUUUGGUCACUAAGGCUACAGAGGAGGACAAAAACAAGAACUACGCUGAAGCCUUGAGGUUGUACGAGCAUGCAGUGGAGUACUUUCUUCAUGCUAUAAGGUACGAAGCUCAGACAGAUCGGGCGAAGGAAAGUAUCAGGUCUAAAUGUGUCCAGUACCUCGAUCGAGCAGAGAAGCUAAAAGAUUACCUAAGAAACAAGGAGAGCAAGAAAAAACCUGUGAAGCAAAGUGAGACGGAUGACAAGAAAGAAGGUGACAACAGCUCUGAAAGUGACGAUGAUAAUCCGGAGAAGAAAAAACUGAUGAACCAACUGGAGGGUGCGAUUGUUAUGGAAAAACCAAAUGUGAAGUGGUCCGACGUUGCCGGUCUAGAGGCUGCCAAGGAAGCCCUGAAAGAAGCUGUCAUCCUCCCCAUCAAGUUUCCACACUUGUUCACAGGCAAGCGCAAACCGUGGAAGGGCAUCUUGUUGUUCGGCCCACCGGGUACUGGUAAGUCUUAUCUGGCUAAAGCAGUUGCCACGGAAGCAAACAACUCGACAUUUUUCUCUGUCUCGUCCUCUCACCUGGUGUCCAAAUGGUUGGGAGAAAGUGAGAAACUGGUGCGGAACCUAUUUGAGAUGGCGCGCAGUCAAAAACCUAGCAUCAUUUUUAUUGACGAGAUCGACUCGUUGUGCAGCACACGGUCAGACAACGAGGCUGACGCAACCCGCCGGAUCAAGACUGAAUUUCUGGUGCAAAUGCAGGGUGUAGGGAAUGACAAUGAGGGGAUACUCGUUCUUGGUGCUACUAAUAUUCCUUGGGUAUUGGACUCUGCAAUCAGGAGGCGAUUUGAGAAGCGGAUCUAUAUUCCCUUACCUGAAGAACCAGCACGGCUUCACAUGUUCAAGCUGCACAUUGGCAACACUCCGCACACACUUACUGAAGACGACUUCAAGAUCCUGGCCCACCGUAGCGAAGGCUUCAGUGGGGCUGACAUCUCUGUACUGGUGCGUGACUCUCUCAUGCAGCCUGUGCGCAAAGUACAGACAGCCACUCACUUUCGACGAGUACGUGGGCCCUCUCGAUCGGACCCAACCGUCAUGGUGGACGACCUUCUUACUCCAUGCUCCCCGGGCUCCCCUGGGGCAAUCGAGAUGUCCUGGAUGGAUGUACCAGGCGACAAAUUGUUGGAACCUGUCGUCACCAACAGUGACAUGCUGCUGUCUCUUGCCACAGCAAAGCCCACUGUCAACGAUGCAGACCUCGACAAGUUGAGGAAGUUUAUGGAAGACUUUGGGCAGGAAGGAUAGUUGGUAAAAAGGCAUUGCAGGCAGACUGCAAGAAUAGUUUGCGUGAUGUAUUAUUUUCCAGAGAAAAUUUCUGCUGUGAGUGCUCUGAAAAUUUCAAAAUAAUUCAAACGUUACUUCGUGCAUACGCUUGCACAUCGCUUAAUUAUGCAAAGAAGUGUUGCACGAUUCUCAAGCUUUAAUGGCAUUCUGCGAAAAUUGAUGACGACGCAUCUCUACUGCGAUCACUUGAUGACUCAUCAGUGUUCAAUAUGUCUGCUUUGUUUCGUAUAACAUCCUGUAGAGCAAACAAACCAGAUAUCUCCUGUCCUUCUUUAAUAUAAUGUCUUACAGCGUGACAGGGGUGACAGGUACGUAUGUUACAUGCACAAGGGAUGGAGCUUUGAGGGGCUCCUUGUGACAGUAUAUUUUAAUGCCACCAAGAAGGAAGGCAUAAUGUUAAGGAAAGUCAGUGUUUUUGUACUAAAUAAUAAGCAUAUCCUUUACAGGAAUGUUACUGACAGAGCCAUCAAACAUUGUUGAAUUUUUCUUGCAGUUUACGAAUAAAAAUGAUCAGGGUUGCAGUUUCUACCAAAUUGGAAUGCUGCUUCAUGUCAGGAUAUAGGGUGCAGUGGGAGAGAUGUCACAUGUACUACUGUACCUGUAUUUCAUUUCAUUUAAUUUGUUCCGAAAGGUUGCAGGUGAAUGGUCCACUGUUGUCUGCUACAUUUACAAAUUUUCAAGAAAAAGGAGAGUCAAAAUUAUGCCUAUGAUAUUCCUGCCCACACUGACUGUACCUGAACAUGGAUGCAGCUUGUAUGCAUAGGGUAUAUUUCUUAAAAAUAUUAGUGCCAGUUGUUCGCACCAUGUCAGUUGAAGCAGAGAAGUUAGGGCAGAGCACUCUAAAAAUUGUGUGGCAUCGUAAAGUCCAUGCCUUUUCAAUUCAUCAUCCUUUGCUUGUACCCACUAUAAUUACAUUUGUUUUGUUUGGGACAGUGAUAAGCUUUUAAAGGCCCAUGAUCCUCUGACACACUACCACUCAUGUGACCCUGUAGCCGGUACUGUACAGCAAUGAUGCAGUCUUGUUCUUGUACGCUUGCAGUAUUUGUUCUACCUUGUAAGUAACGCUUUAGGAAUGCACUGACUGCUUGGGAGUCAGGAACAUUGUGUAUCGUGCGAUUGUACCACAUUUUUAGAAUGGGAAAGAAAUUUUACAUAAAAUGUGGAUGGCAUUGCAAUUGGCAGUUAGAAUAGCAGUUGUCAGUUCAGAUGGAAGCUUCCUAGCAGGAAUACAAAGAGUACUCAGCUUCUACAGAAAGUAACAUUGUCUGUAGAAACUGUUCAUCAUCAGCCCGCUUCAUGCUACCUAUUGAUUCACUGCUGGGGACCUAGUAAAGAUCCCCACUUCAGAUGCACAAUGUUUUUUCAGCAGUCAAUUCCAACGCGACAAUAUCUUGAUGGACAUAAUGUGUGUCCAAUGUGUGAAUAAUGACCUACACAACUGGAUGGAAAAGGAGAAAGGCUUGGGUCAUGAGUUUCUUUAUGCUCAGAUUGGUUUGUUAUGUCUUCAUGCGUAUGUGCAUGAAAGAAUACUUUUGUUUAAUAUAUUAGGGUACGACGUAAUUAAAGUUUCCCUUUGUGCUUU